AGAAUUCUUGUGGGGAGCCGUGCCGCUGGUGUCCAGCACAUCAUACCCCACGUUCGGCACGGUCAUUCCGCUUUUUUGACUCGUUCUUUGCAUCCAUCGAGUGUGUUGCGUGCAAGGAGGAGCGCGUCUUUUCGCCUCCUCCGCCCCCCGGGGCUGUGGCGGCAGUGAGGCGGCAUGACUUCCACGCCUCCCUCGUCUUCCGCCGGCCUCUCACCCCCACCCACCCCGCCCGCGUCGGCUCCCGGCCUCGCAAGUGGUGUCAAGCGCGUGUUUGUUGACGAUGAUGUGGGCAACGGGGUGGCACUACAGCUACUGGGCAAGCGCAUGCGGCCUCCUGAGGCAGCCGGAACUCAGAUUCCGACGCAACGGGUAUGGAUGGAUGUUGGUCCGGUGACAAAAAUCUCUGUUCACCCGCCUCCAAUGCCGUCGUCAAGGGGCAGGGACGUGCCUGGCCCCCCUAGCGAGAGCGGGCUGGCGCUCAAGAAAGUACCGCCACCACCACCACCCGCGCCGCCAAUGUCGGCCAUGGCGGCUUCAACAAAUCCUUCAAGUGCAAAGCUGUCUCAGGCGGUGCGAAUCCAAUCAGAGGGGGGGGGUGAGCCGGAGGAGGGGGAUGGUGAGCUGGAGGAGGGCGAGUUGGAGGAUGGCGAGGUCGAGGAGGGGCAUAGCGCCCCGCUCGGCCUCGAAGCAGACCAUUCUGUUCCUGCACGCAGGAGAGCCCCUCCUCCCCCACCACCCCCUCCUGCC